AUGGCCUCCAUCUCGCGGAACAGCUGCCUCUGGUUGCUCUGGAGACGGACCUUCCUCGCGCUGUCCAUGUGUGCGCUUGGGGCGCGUGGAGCGGAGGAUGAGAGCGCCUUCAACGCAGAGUCAUGGCUGAGAAUGUAUGGUUACCUGCCCCAGGCCAGCAGACAGAUGUCAACCAUGCGAUCGGCUCAGAUCCUGUCCAAUGCUGUCAGUGACAUGCAGAGGUUCUACGGCCUAGAGGUCACUGGACAGAUGGACCCUCAAACCAUCAGUGCCAUGAAGAGACCCCGCUGUGGUGUGCCUGACAAGUUUGGCGGCCAGAUCAAAACCAAUGUGCGGCGGAAACGCUUUGCCCUCACCGGACAUAAAUGGCUCAAGAGCCAUCUCACUUACAGCAUCCAGAACUACACUCCUAAGAUUGGAGAGUAUAACUCAUAUGAAGCAAUCCGGCGGGCGUUCAGAGUCUGGGAGGGGGUGACCCCAUUGACCUUUGAUGAAAUCCCCUACCAGGAGAUAAAAUAUGGACGACGCAAGGAGCCCGACAUCAUGAUCUUCUUUGCCUCGGGUUUUCAUGGAGAUAGCUCUCCCUUUGAUGGGGAAGGAGGCUUCCUGGCUCAUGCCUACUUCCCUGGACCUGGAAUGGGUGGGGACACACACUUUGACUCCGAUGAACCAUGGACGAUAGGAAACCAGAAUGUACAAGGUAACGACCUCUUCCUGGUGGCAGUCCACGAGCUGGGCCACGCCUUGGGUUUAGAGCACUCCAACAACCCUCUGGCCAUCAUGGCUCCAUUUUACCAAUGGAUGGAGACUGACAACUUCCAGCUGCCUGAGGACGACCUGCGGGGCAUUCAACAGAUCUAUGGUCAACCAGACAGUGGCCCCACCCAGGCCCUGCCCACUGUAACGCCCCGUCGCCCAGAGCCUAGGCCACCUCAGACACCUCCUCGGCAUCCUGACCGCCCUAGGACCACCGAAAGACCAGAUCACUACGGACCCAAUAUCUGUGAAGGGAACUUUGACUCGGUUGCGAUGCUCCGAGGAGAGAUGUUUGUUUUCAAGGGCCGUUGGUUCUGGCGGGUUCGUAAGAAUAGGGUUCUGGAUAACUACCCCAUGCCCAUCAGUCACUUUUGGAGGGGUCUGCCAGGAGACAUAGAUGCUGCCUAUGAGAGACACGAUGGCAGAUUUGUCUUCUUUAAAGGAAACAGAUUCUGGCUUUUCAGGGAGGCUAACCUGGAACAAGGCUAUCCACAGGAACUGGUAGACUAUGGUCGAGAUAUUCCCUAUGACCGAAUAGACACCGCCAUAUGGUGGGAGCCCUCUGGCUUCACUUACAUCUUUCAAGGAGACAGGUACUGGCGCUUCAACGAGCAGUCACGCUCAGCUGACAGAGGAUACCCGAAACCAAUCAGUGUCUGGGGAUCGUCAGUGCCUUCUUCUCCCAAGGGGGCCUUCCUCAGUGAUGACGGGGCAUAUACGUACUUCUACAAGGGUUCCAAGUACUGGAAGUUUGACAACCAUCGUAUGAAGAGUGAACCUGGCUACCCUAAGUCCAUUCUGAGAGACUUCAUGGGCUGCAGCAUUGACCUGGACCCAGACAGAGACACGGACACAGACUCAGGACGCAAAUACCCAGACCUGAACCGGCCACCAUUCAACCCCGAUGCAGGACGUGACGCUGAUAAGGGCAAAGAUAAGGAUGGAACAGAUCGCAGUGGAACCGACAAAGACUCGGGCAAAGGGUCAGACAACGACAAAGACACAGACUACCGCGAGGGUCGUGAGGAAGACACCAACGAGGUGGACGUUGUGCUGAAGGUGGACGACAGCGAGGAACGGACCAUGAACAUCCUGAUGGUGACCAUCCCACUGGUCCUGGUGCUGUGCAUCCUGGGACUGAUCUACGCCAUCAUCAACACGCUGCAGAGCAAAGGAGCACCACGGCUGCUGGUGCACUGCAAGCGCUCGCUGCAGGACUGGGUCUGACUCUUGACUUGAGGGGACACUAAACUUUGAACUUAAAAUGGACCUUAGACACACCCUCUUUUAACCCAGCCGUCCUCCCAGUGAUCCAUUUGUUUCCAGUCUCUGUUCUCCUACAGCUUGUAAUACAUGUGCUAGUAGAUACAGUACUGCACUGACACACACACACACACACACACACACACACACACACACAAGAAACAUACAUUAUGUCUUACAUAUGAACACAACCCCACAGACACAAACAUACACAACCCUAACUUCCUCCCGUCUCCCAUGGUGCUCUACAGUGCAUCGACUGUAGUCUAUUUAUAUGAGAGAAGUUUGCACAUUGUUUUUUUUUCCUUGUUUUUGAUUUGGUUCAUUUUGAGUGACUUUUUGUUGUUAUUAUUAUUUCUAAACCAGGAAGGCCCUUUCUGUUCUCUCUACCCUCUCUGCACCACCCUCCUCCUUCCCCUCAUCUCAGUAGGGACUUUUUCCUUGCUGAUAACUUCAGCUAUCGCAGUCGUCAAAAAAGAAAGAAAUGCAGAGAGUCAGAAAAGAACGAGUGAUUUGUGGAUGCACUAAGGCUUCAAGUAGAGUUCAGCAGGAUUCCGUCCUCCUCCUGUUAUCUUUUUCUUCAUCAUGCACCGUCUCUUUCUUUCUCUAUAGAGCAAUAUCUGAUGAGGUGGAAGGUGACGGCAGACAUUUCACUGUAGUUAACAUUAAGAGGUAUGUUGAGGAGUAACUUGAGCCCAGGAAUUAUCCUCCCCUUGACUCUGAUGAUGAUGAGAUUGUGGCUGUUACCCUGAAGAUCAGAUUUUACUUCAGUUUGCUAGUCACACAGGCACUGCUUUGCUUUUAAAGGGUAAUUCGAGUCUGUUACUCUUUAGAUCUUGUUUUGUUUUUCCUUAAUUCUAAUAGUAAUAAUAACCCUGUACUCACAGAGAAAAUGAGCACAGGUGGUGAAAUGAUUAGUCUGUUAUCAGCAAAAAUCUGUUUGUAGACCAGCUUCCUGGUUCCACUUAGACCUCCCACACUUGCCCUGAGUUCUACUUGUAAUGAGGCAUUAUUUACUUUUCAGGUGUUAUCAAUUUUUCACUUAGCUCCCGAUAAGAGAAUCUGUCGAACAUGGGGGUCUGUUUAUAGGAAACACAUUUCCUUUGACUUUGAAGAAUCAGUUCGCCUGGCUCUACAAGCGCCUCUAAAUUUGACCAACACGCUUUAUAACUUGCUGGAUUAAAUUGUACAUAAUUAAUAAAAAGUCAGUUUUUUUUUAGUUAUAGACAGAGCCAGCUUAGCUGUUUCUUCUGAUUUCAGUCUUUCAGUCUUUUCAGUCUUUUAGCUAACUGGCAGCAGCUGUAGCUUCAUAUUAUGUGACACAAGACACAAGACACAAGAGUCUUCUCAUCUUAUACUCAGAAAGAAAGCAAAUAAGCAUAUCUCAAAAUGCUGAAUUAUUUUAUCCAUUUGAUUUUUUUUGCCCCAUCUGGCUUUGUUGAAGCCAUUUUGCCAUGUUCCCCUAUUUUAGCAGCUUUUAACAAGUACAAUGUUUUGAUAUAUUAUAGGAAUGAUGGCUUCGAAAAUAAGACCCAAGCUGAAUUAAUCCAUAGUUUAGUUUCCAAUCAGAUUCAGACCAUCACGGCACUGUUUUCCUCCUAUAUCUUGCACUCACAUAGUUGAGUCCACCUUCUUUCUUUUCCUUAUUUGGAAACAAUUUAAAGACCUCUUUGGCUGAGGGGUAAACAGACUUUAAAAAAAGGACCUUUUCCAUUUGAUUUAAUUUAUGUGGCUAAUUCUCAGAAAGCCUCCUUUCUGUCAACAAUACCUGACAAGACCGGUUCUUUGUGCUGCAGGGCAGACAGACUAAUGGUUAAGUUAAAAAGCUCAGCUCACUGUGAAAUAACACAAGUAUGGGAGUAUUCAUUAUAUCUGUGUGUGUUUGUGUGUGCGUGCGCAUGCGCGUGCGUGUGUGCGCAUGUCUAUGUGAGUGUGUGUGAGACAUAAAACAAGAGAGAAACAAAGCAAAGUCACAGCCUUUAACUUCAGAACAGGAUGUAACGCCACAGAUACAACACAGCAGUGGCAGGGUGCAGUAAAUGUGCCAUGCAGUUUAUAAUGGACUUGUUACCAGUCCUGUGUUUUUGAGAGGACACGUUUAGAAACUUCAGUGAGGACUUGUGGUCUAUCUGUCGUAAAUAUAGUGUAGCUGGAAGCACCGGGGUGGGCUCGGGCCAUGCGGGCUCAUGUGAACACAGACUAAUCCUGUUCAUUAAAAAACAGCAGGUGUGUGCAGAUUCUGCUAACCCCAUGCAACCCCUAAAGUAAACCUUGAACUCUCCGAACCAAAACAGUGCCUGCUCCCUUUAAUCUUGCAAGAACGGAGAUGGGAAAAUCUGAGAAAAAAAUGUCCAUCUCAAAUACUCAUACAUGCCAGUGUUUUUGAAUGUUUCGGCUUCUUAAGUACUACUCAUUGACAGCCAUUUUCCAGAUAAUUUCAGUUGACCCAUUUUUAAGAAUUCAUAGUCACUCAUAUAGUUUUGGAAUGAGGUCCCGAUGUCAAGUCAUUCAAAAAGUGUGGUAGCAGGAGAAAAUCUGAAUCAAGAUAUUGAAUCUACAGAUCAGGCUAAAAAUAAGAGAGUGGACAACCUAAGAGUGAGACCUCAAAUACGAAUGGGAGGGCUGUUUAUCUGAGGGAGCAUUAAGAAGCUGCAAGUCUGACCAGAAGGGGCUCUGUACGCCGGACUCAGAUUAGGGAGGGGAGGGUGAGGACAGAUUUCCUGCAGCUGAGACACGGAAAAGGGGGGGGAAGGGGGAGGGAGGCUGACCUCGACUCCCUGAGCUUGCAAAGUUUGGAUCUCAAGAAUAAGGAGGGGUGGGAAGAUAGAGAGAGAGAGAGAGAGAGAGAACUUUGAUGGCUCUAUUCUGUUGGCAACAGCUCAUGUGACCCAAAUUCUCCUGUUAGCUCAACAACAGCGAUAGCCAAAGAGGAAACUUCAGCUUACAGUAGGUGACAGUCCUUUUUAGGACUGCAUGCUCCAUGUGCCUUGCUUAUAGUUGUGUAUGUGCCUCAUGACUUGUUUUAAAGCCUGCGUACUGGCUCCACCUCACAAGCUCUGUCUGUCUCUCUGCUGACAGACGGUCCGGAUAGAUAACACUGCUGUUCUAUAGGUCUCUUGCCAGGUGAAGACAGGUUGAGGUGAGACACCUACACAGACAGAGGUAAAGUUAACAGGACACUCGCGCUGAAAGGAAGAAAGGGAAGAGCAUAAUCAGCCGUCACCACGAGUCUGGAGAUUGAUCUGUGGCCAGUCAAUAGCGGUUGCCAGGAAACGGUGUCCUGUGUCCGUCGCUCACCUCUUCAUCAACAGGGUCUGAGGGGGGUUGGCGGACGCAGCUAAUCAGUGCUAAAAGCACCCCCCCCCAUCCCCCUCUCCUCUCCUCUCCUCUGCUCUCCCCUCCUCUUCUCUCCUCUCCUUCUCUUCCAUGGCUCCUACAGGCACAUCAAUGAGUGCUUAGACAGCGUAGCGUCUGGACAGGCUCACAAAAUGCCGACUCAUUGCACUAGACUGGAAGAACCGGAGUUCCUCUUUAUCAACCCUCUGCUUCUCCUCCAUAACCUCCACACAGAGAGCCCCACAGGGAGUUAACCACUUCAAAGCUAAAGUAACCACUUCAAAGUUAGAAAAAAAAAAAAAAAAAAAAAAAGUCAAGUGCACCUGAGUUUGCUUCACUUGAAAUCACAGACUGGGUGAUUCAGCAGUUUGAGAGAUUCUCUGUAAGGUGACACUGACAGGGAUUGAAUUUAGCGCAGCUCUUUGUCUCAGGACACCAUCCAGAAGAGAAAGAGGGAAAGGUUAGGAGAGAGAGAGCUGUCAGGGCUGAUGGAUGCAUGUUUUUGUGUUUUGCGUCGAGGUGUUCAGUUAAUCAGCUCUCCUCUCCAUAAGCGAGGCCCGUUUUUCUGACUGUAAAUCUUCCACCCUCUCCCCCUCUCUCUCUCUCUCUCUGCCCUCCCCCGUGCAGCCCUGGAAGCCCGAGGGGAUCAUAACAACAACAAUGGCCUUCUCUCUCUCACUCUCCUCCUCCUCCCCCUAUUUUCUUUCUCACACACAAACACGUUAUUGUCUGUCUUCCCCAACCUCACCUUCCUCCUCUCCUCCUCCCCCUUAGGAAACUAGUUCAGGCCAAGGUCCAGCCUCACACAGCAGAGCUGUUCUUUUUUUUUUUUUUUUUUUUUUAGAUCCACCUCCUUGUUCAGCAACGUUGAACACCGGGGAAGGA